AUGAAAAAAGCGGCAGACCGGCCGAAUUCCGCGGUCAAUGGAAGACAUGACUCGCCGGCCACGACCACAAAUAACACACAGAACAGUGGAACGCCUAGUUUGAACGGUCAGGACCAUUUAAGAUCGACCUCUUCGUCACCUUUAUUUGGUACCGAACCAUUGCCUGAGGAUGACCAUGCGUCGUGUCCAUAUUGUCAACAUGAUUUUCGCAAGCCACGUGUACUCGAUUGUCUUCAUUCGAUGUGCGAAGAUUGUAUUAUAGCACAACUUGAUGGUCAUCUUCAAGCAAAAUCCGCUGCUGUCGAAGAAAAAAAACGUGCUGCUUCUACUAUGUUAGACUGCGAACUGGAAACUCCGAAAAUUAAAGAACGUCCGACUCCUCCUGGUGUCAUUCGGUGUCCGAUAUGUGCUCAAGAAUCUCACGUCGGAAACGACGUUCGAUAUGUUCAUGCUAUGCUACUGGACUAUGUUCGCCUUGCCGAACUUCAAGAAGUUGAAGUGGAGAAAAUGGUGGCGCAUCAUAGUAAACCAUGCACCGCAUGCAAGUCGGAACAAGAAGCAAUUGCUUUCUGUGACCAAUGUUCAUCGGAUCUGUGUGAAAACUGCACCACUGCCCACACCGUCAUGAAUCUUUUUGAAGGCCACAUCGUCACCACAUUUGCUGAUCUUCGUGCUCAUGGCAUUCAUCCAGAACUCCGACAAGUUAUGUGUACCACUCAUAAUCAACCUAUGAGAUAUCUUUGCGCGGCAUGUGAAACCGCUGCAUGUAAACAAUGCCUAGAAGUCGAUCACUUAAAUCAUAAAAUCAUCGACAUUAACGAUUUGGUUAUCAAUGCAAUCAAGGAAGAUGUGACUAAUACGGUGGAUCGUGUUGAGAAAAAAUAUAACAACUCGGUCGCAGAUAUGAACAGCUUGCCAGAUAAAUCACAACAAUUGAUUGAGCAAUAUGAAAUUGCCAAAUAUCGAGUUGAGAAACAUUAUGAUGAGUUACGCAGUGCACUUGAGGAGAAUCAUCAAAAAGUUUUAAAUGAGCUGGAAGAAGCCCGCGUGCGUCAAGAAGUUAAUAUUGAUGAUAUGUAUCGUAAAUCACAAGUAAACGAAGCGCGUGUCCAUGACGCCAUCAAUUUCACUCGUCGUCUUCUCGCGAAAGGAAACGGUCUCGAACUUGUUGUUUCACGAAAAAAGGUUAUUCAACAAUUUGGUAACCUUUCUCAUGCUAUUCCAUCUAAUGGACAUCAAGUUGAAUUGGAAUUCUUGACACCGUCGAAAAAACAAGUUGAUCAUUUUGUACAUCAACUAACGGGAACUGUUAUUGGUCGAGUGAUACAACCAACUGUCAAAGAUGUGACAAACGCAGUGGACAAUACCGAAAAAGCAGAAAGAGGUGGAUCUCAAGCUGGAGUUAGAGCUAGUUCAAUAACAAGCAGUGCUCCACAAGAUGAAUGGGGACGUCCUGUUUAUCAACAAAAUCCACAACUUGGUGCGAUUGGAGGAGAACGUAAGAAGAACACACAAAACGGAACGAAUGGUACACGUACCAGUGGAGAAAACGCGUUUGGAGGUUGGCCACCAAGCAGCAAUCCACCAGAUUCAACAACACCACCACCAACUAAUGGUCAGCAGACAUUACUCGCUGGAGGACAAUCCCAAUCCGCAGCCAAUAUUGUGACUCAACAACAGCUCACAAAUCUUCCUAACGCUGCAGCAAUUGCUGCUGCUGCCGCAGCGGCUGGUAUGCGUCCUGAUUUAGUUGCGAUGGCGAAUCAUAUGGAGUUGAAUGCUCUGACAAAUGGGUCAUCUGGAGGAACUCAAGCAUCUAUUCCAGAAUCAAUGUUUCCCAUGUGGCCUGCUCGUCCUGGAAUUCCGGCAGUACCGACUCCGACUACUACGGGUCUUUCUUCGAAUGCAUCUGCCGCUUACCUGCAACAAAAAAUAGCAGCAGCUCAAUUGCAGGCACUCAGCCAACGACUGAAUCCACAAAUGCUCUCAAUGACAAAUCUCCGCAACAGCCAAACUAUACAGGAGCUUAUGGCAAUGAAUGCGUUGACUUCUCUCAAUAUGAAUCCCCAACUCUCUACUGCUGCAGCUGCAGCAAUUGCUGCAUCCGCAGCCGCUAACUCAGCUUCAUCUACAACCGUAGCUGAUGUUAGUCAAUCACAAAAUGCAAGCUCACAACAACGUGUCAGCGAUCUUAAAGUUCAUAGUGUGUUUGGAACAUCACAGCAGGGUAGCACGAUACGAGAACUCCACUGUCCAUCUGGUUUUUGCCUUUCGGAUACUGAUGAUAUCCUAAUCGCUGAUACUAACAAUCAUCGAGUAGUAGUUUGUGGACCACCACACCCAUGGAAAAUCGGACGUCCUGGAACCGAUGACGGGCAAUUGUGUUUCCCACGUAAAGUGAUUGCAUUACGUGGAGAUGUCGUUCGAUACGUAGUACUCGAUAAAGGAGGAGACGGAAAAACUCGCGCUCAAAUUUUCGAAGCACGUGGAGAAUUUGUCAAGCGUCUCAACAUGGUUUCCUUAGUUCCACGUGGUGGUAUAGAGGUUUCUGCAGCUGCUGCAACGCCUACUGGUCAGCUUUUGUUAGUUGAUACUGCUGGAUUUGUAUAUUCAAUUGAUGUUGAUGCUCCUCGAGUCACUUUCUGGUUCGAUGCAUCCACUCAACUUGGUGAAGCUUCUGAUGUUGCCAUGUUUGACAAUUUGAUUUAUAUCACCGACUUUAAGCAUCAUUGCGUACAAGUUUACACUUCCGAGGGAAAGUUCAUACGCAAAAUGGGCGAACCUUCACAGACUCCUUAUCCUAUUGGAAUUGACGUUUCGAAAGCAGGAGAAGUACUUGUUGCUGAUACUCAUGGAAAUCAUCUGCAUGUUGUCGUAUUUUCUCCAGAAGGACAACACAUCCAUUCGUUUACGCAUAAUGAAUUCCGACUCUCUCGUUGUGUUGGUCUACGGAUCGCGAAAAGUGGACACAUAGUGACUCUCUGCAAACAUAAUCAUACUUUAUUCGUUUUCAAGCCGUUGAUUCUUCCGAAUGGAAUACCAGUACCGACCCCUGUUCCUCAUUCGGCGUCGCUAAUCAACAAGUUCCAAUGA